GAUGGGUAAACUUGUUUUAUACGGCCUAGAUCCAAGUCCACCGGUACGUGCUUGUCUGCUUACAUUGAAAGCGCUGAAUUUACCCUAUGAAUAUAAAGUAGUAAAUUUACUGGCUAAAGAACAUUUAUCCGAGGAAUACUUGAAAAAGAAUCCUCAACAUACGGUGCCCACACUUGAAGACGAUGGACACUUCCUAUGGGAUUCACAUGCCAUUAUGGUGUAUUUAGUUAGUAAAUAUGCCAAAGAUGAUACAUUGUAUCCCAAAGAUUUACUAAAGCAGGCUGUGGUAAAUCAACGCAUGUUCUUCGAAGCUGGUGUUUUAUUCCAAGGUGGUUUACGCAACAUUACCGCACCACUAUUCUUUAGAAAUCAAACCCAGAUUCCGCAACAUCAAAUUGAUGCCAUUGUAGAGAGUUAUGGUUUUUUGGAAUCAUUUCUUAAGGACAACAAAUUCAUGGCGGGAGAUCAUCUAACAAUUGCGGAUUUUAGUAUUGUGACAUCGGUUACUUCAUUGGUGGCCUUCGCUGAAAUUGAUCCAUCGAAGUUUCCCAAAUUAUGUGCUUGGUUGAAGAGUAUGCAGUCAUUGCCGUUCUAUGAAGUAGCUAAUGGUGCGGGUGCCAAGCAAUUGGUGGCCAUGGUUAAAUCUAAAAAUUUUACAAUUGUGCCUUAA